AUGGUUGUGGUCAUGAAACGCGCGAUUCUGCUUGCAGCAGCAGCUGUAUCCUUCUCGGUCAAAUCAUUCGCCCCCGAACGACUCUUACACGAAUCAAUAUGGCAAACAACAGCAGCGAUCUUCUUUGGUAUACUCGCCGUUCGAUUCUUCUGGGCCAGUUUUAUCUAUCCUUUCUUCUUUAGCCCUUUGCGUCAUCUUCCACACCCUAAACAGACAUCGCUUCUGUUUGGACAGUUCGCCAGGAUCCUCAAGGAGCCCACCGGUUACCCCCAACGAGAUUGGAUGGAAGAGAUCGAGAACGACGGAUUGAUCUACUACAGGAGUCUCUUCAAUACAGAGAGAGUUAUGGUGACCACGUCCAAGGCGCUCAGCGAAGCAGUAACCUUGAAGAGCUAUGACUUGAUCAAACCACCAACUUUGAUCAAAGGCCUGGCUCGCAUCCUUGGAUAUGGUGUUCUCCUAACAGAGGGCCAGGAACACAAGGCUCAGCGCAAGAACCUGACGCCGGCGUUCAGUUAUCGCCACAUCAAAGAUUUGUAUCCUGUUUUCUGGGAUCAAGCUCGCGACAUGAUCUUGGGCAUCGAUAAGGACAUUGCAAGCAAGACAAACGAGAAGAAUGCCGAGGAUGUAAAGAAAACCAGCAACGAAGUCAAUGUUGAUGGCUGGACCUCACGUGCCACGCUCGACAUCAUUGGUGUAGCCACGAUCGGAAAGUCGUUCAACGCUAUAGAAGACCCCAACAGCAAGCUAUACCAAACCUAUCAGACGAUAUUCAAACAGGACUGGCAAACACGUCUUGUUGGACUUUUGAAUGUCUUCCUACCUUUCUGGUUCCUUAGAGCACUGCCGAUACCGCGUAACAUCAAGGUCGAAAGGGCGAGACUGUAUCUUAGCAAGAUCUGUUUUGACAUGCUCGCAGAAAAGAGGUCAAAUAUCAGUACUGCUCAAGAGAAGGAUAAAUCGGACGAGACGGCAGGUGGAGUCGACAUCCUGAGUGUUGCAAUGCAGAGUGGAGGUUUUACUGACCAGCAGAUUGUUGAUCAAUUGCUUACCUUCCUUGCUGCUGGACAUGAGACUGUACGUUCUGCUCUUCCUUGUUUCUGGGUCCCAGCUCACCUCGUUACANNGACCGCCACAGCGAUGACUUGGGCAGUCUAUGUUCUCGGCAAGUAUCCCGAAGUACAACAGAAGUUGCACGAAGAGUUGCGUGCAUCAGAUCUUCCGGACAUUCGCGACGCCAGUGCGCAAGUUAUUGCCGAGCAAAUCGAACAACUCCCAUACCUCCAUGCCGUGACCAACGAAGUUUUGCGUUACUACUGUCCUGUACCGAUGACUAUUCGUGUCGCGGCGAAAGACGUUGUUCUCUCUGGCCAGCUGAUACCUGAAGGCACCACUGUCAUUACGCCUCUGAUUGCCGCCAACCAUAACUCGUCGAUGUGGAGCGAAGAUCCUAAGGUGUUCAACCCAGACAGAUGGAUGGGGCCUGGUAGAGCCAACACUGGCGGUGCCGAAAGCAACUAUUCGAACAUGUCCUUCUCUCAUGGACCAAGAGGGUGUAUUGGAGCCAGUAAGUGGGACUGA